UUUGAGCCCAGCUGAAUAAGUGUAGGGACAUAGACCGGGGGCCUACUAAGACGUCAUCAGGAGAAAGGCAGUUACAAUGAACGGAGAUUGAACCCCCAAAUACGCCUAUUCGAAAGAUUUUGCAAAAAACCCUCACUAGCGCCAUCACGCAGAAAAUUUUCGAAACGCCAUUUUUGGUAGGGAGCUGAGAGGAGUGGUGCGGCGCGCUGUCGCUGGUACCUGGCUUCUUGUGGUUUCUUUAAGCAGGCCACCGAGUCGCCAUGAACAGUCAGCAGCAGUACUGUCUGAAAUGGAACAACCACCAGACGAACCUGCAGCGGGUGUUCGCCCGCCUGCUGCGCAACGAGAUCUUCACCGACGUCACGCUCGCCUGCGAGGGCCACGCCCUGCAAGCGCACAAGCUGGUGCUAUCCGCCUGCAGUUCGUACUUUGAGCACCUAUUCACCAUGCACCCGGACAAGGCGCCUCUGGUCAUCCUCAAGGAUAUCAAAUAUGAGGACAUCAAAGCCAUCGUGGAGUUCAUGUACCAGGGCGAGAUCAAUAUAUCGCAGGAGCAGCUACCGUCACUGAUCCGCACUGCCGAGACGCUGAAGGUGAAGGGUCUGGCGGAAGUGAGCACGGGCUCGGAGGGCCAACAGGCGCCGGCUGCCCAAGGCCCUCCCGUGGCACCGCCGCCGCCGCCUCCGCCGCCGCCAGUCUCCAACGUGCCCCCGUCCAUCCCCAUGACGAUGGUGGCGCCGUCUAUGGUGGAGUCGCCCGAACUACUGAAGCAGGUGCGCCAGCGCGCCCUAGCCCCGCAGCCCAUGAUGUCCAUGAUGGGCGCUCCGAUGGCUAUGCAGAAGACUUGGGGCGGCCAGAUGCUGGAGACGAGGCCCAGCGCCGACUUCAACCCGGUCAUCUCGUGCGUGGCCGGCAAUGCGGGCCUCGACGACAGCGGCAGCGGCAGCGGCAACAGCCGCGACGCCAAGGAGAUGCCCGACGGCUUCGAGAACAUUCCCAAGUUGGAGGAGUUCAUGCUGACGUCGCCGACCAAGGACACGUUCUGGAAGCAGGACACCACCAAGUACGUUCUGCUGGCCAUCCGCGACCGCAAGAUCGACUUGAAGACGGGCGCCGAGCUGCUGGGCGUGUCGUAUAACACCAUAUACGGCCGAUACCGGGAGGCGCACGGUCUGCUGUCGGACGCGCCGAUGGCGUCGCCGGCGCGCGCCGCGCUCGCCGCCAGCGCCGGCUCGGUCUCCGGCGAGCUGAUGGGCACGCCUUGCACGCCCGGCAAGGGUGGACCGCGCGACUCCCGACUCGGCGGCCCCGCCCUCGACAAGGGUGCCGAGUUCGGCAACGUGAUUCAGAUGAACGACUACGUAAACAGCGGCGGCUCGCGGCCGUCCUUCUGGGAGCUGGACGCCACCAAGACGGUGAUGGAGGCCAUUCGCGACAAGUCCAUCGAGAUGAAACACGCGGCCGAGGUUCUGGGCGUCUCGUACGGCACCCUCUACGGCCGCUACCGCGAGAACUACGGUUAUCUCAAGGCCAAUUGGAAACAGAGCCGCCGUAUCGGCGCAGGGCAGCCUUUGGGAGGAGCCGCAGACCGUGGAGCUGCUGCGCCGCGUCAACCUCGGCGAGGUCUCCAUCAACGAGGCGGCCGAGAAGCUUGGCGUCGACUACUACGUCCUGCAGUACCAGCUCAACCUGAUGGACAUGCACGGCGCGAUCAACGCGACUGCCGGCGAUGAGGCGGCCGCUGCUGCCGCCGCUGCCGCCGCUGCCGCCGCUGCCGCCGCCGGCGCUGGCCA